UGUUAUUCGCUGUAGAAAUUUGUUUGACAAGUGAAAUACUUUUAUAUAUAGUAUAGUAUUUCUUGCAAUAUUUUUUUGUGGAAGGCUACACUUUGAAUGUGGAUUGCACAUCAGAUUUAUAAGGUCGUAAUUAAUUAACUGGCAAUGGCGGGAAAUUUAAAUUGAUACAUCAUAAAAUAAAUUUAUAUGUUGAAUACAAUCUGGAUCACAAAUGCUAGCAUGCAGCAUUGUCUCGAUCGUAUAAAUAUACAUCUUUUAGAAGCGAUGAAUUAAAUGUAGUGAAAAAAUAUCCUCACGGCCAUGACGAUGUAUCAUCCCGCGGAUGUGUUCAUAAUUAUGGUCACGUGACACAACAGUUGCGAUUAUUUAUAGAUGCAACUGGUCUAUCGGGUUUUGGCAGAUGCCCGCGUGACUGCGUGAAUGCUUUGUAUAUAUCACAUAUAACUAUAUGUAACUAUAAAUACUGUACAACUGUACUAUCACAUUUGUGCAUAAUAGGCGCGACGAACUUUUUUGUGAUAGGCGCAAGGGUGUUGCUGGAACAUGUGAUUCGUCGCAUUACAGCGUUCUGACGCAGCAAAACUUCUUUAAAAAUAGGACGACACGUUUGCUCCGUGAUGAGCUUCCCGUGUCACGAAGGCCUGCGAUCAGUUUGACGUGUUAAUCCCAAGAGAACGAUGCGCAAAGAUGCGACUUCGAAAUUAAAUCCAUGACAUUUUUUUUCAUGACUCGUGAUUGACCAACACGAGAAUUAUGUCGAAGCUUGAGCCACCGAAAUUUGUCAUAGCUCUUUUCUCCUUCAAAGGGAAGAAUAAUGAUGAACUGUGCUUCAAGAAGGGAGAUGUAAUAACCAUAACUCAGGUAGAUGAUGAAGGCUGGUGGGAGGGUACAUUGCAUGAUAAGACUGGUUGGUUUCCUUCAAAUUAUGUCAAAGAAUAUAGAAUUCCAGAUGGUGGCCAUGCGUCGAUUAAGACAUCUCCAGAAAGAAAUCCACAGGAAUCACCUGUGCAUCAAAAACUCAAUCGUGACAUAGUGUUGAAAGAUAUCGUUGAUUCCGAAAGAGUGAACGUAGCUGAAUUGCAAGGAUUAAUGAAUAAUUUUCUACAACCUCUUGAAACAUCGAAUAUAUUGAAAAAAGAAGAAUAUAAGCAGUUACUUGGUAAUAUACAUGAAAUCUUGGAAACUCAUCAAUGUUUGUUGGCAAAUUUGGAAGGAACCGUGCAAGGACUUUCUGCAAGAGUAGGAAAUCUUUUCCUAACUAUUGCACCAAGAUUAAAAUCGAUUCACACUACAUAUUGUAACAAUCAUCCGCAAGCUGUUUGCAUAUUAGAUAGAUAUAGAGAUGAAUUAAACGAAUUUAUGGAACGCAGUGGAGCGAUAUCGCCUGGUAUAUUAGUAUUAACCACCGGUCUUAGCAAGCCAUUUCGCAGAUUGGAUAAAUAUUCUGCUAUGCUUCAAGAAUUAGAAAGACAUACUGAAAAGAAUCAUCCUGAUAGAGGAGAUACUCAACGCAGUAUAACUGUAUACAGAGAAAUCGCGGAACAUUGCGCUUCCAUACGCAAGCAACGUGAAUUAGCACUCCAAGUAUUAACUAGCGGAAUCAAAGGUUGGGAAGGUGAAGAAUUAAAUUCACUAGGCGAGAUUAUUCACGUCGGAUCUGUAACUCUAGCAACCGGCGUAGAUCGUAGAGACAGAUAUUUUGUUUUGUUUCCUACUACACUGCUGGUACUUAGUACCAGUAAUAGGAUGAGCUCCUUUAUUUAUGAGGGAAAACUUCCGUUAACUGGCAUUAAUGUAACUGGAAUUGAAGAUACGGAUGAAAUAAGAAAUGCUCUGGAGAUCACUGGACCAAUGAUUGAAAGUAUCGUUGUAUUGUGUGCUACAAAGGAAGAGAGACAGCAUUGGAUCGAUCUCUUAAUUCAAGAACAAUGCACUAGUCUCCUGAAAUCGCCAACCAUGCCUCGUGUGAGUUGCCAUCAUCCUCCAUACGCUCGACUCUCGAGAUACUUUGCGAAACUCGUGAGGAGAAAAAUUAUAUAUCCUGAACUAAUGAAGAAGUUAUUAUAUAUCCAAUUUGUUCUGAAGCCAGAUUUAAGUAACGUGAAAAUGAGAAAGUGCAAUGUGACCUAUACUAUUUUUCCUACUAGUGAAGAAUCAGAGUCAGAUGCAUCUACUCAAAGUAAUAUGCAGGAGGAGCCGCGAGUAUUGCGCAAAUCAUCGUUAAUACUGGAUGUUAGAUAUGUAACAGAUAAUACUGAUCUUAGUACUGUGGGAAUAGCGAGCACUUCCUCACUCACGAAUUUCGCACCGAGAGUUGAUUGCGAUAAUCGAUGUACCUUUGAAACUAGUAAGAGUUUACCUGCUGGUGCUACAAUGAGUCACGUCCUGCCAAAUGUUCCACUCGCGUUAAGCAAGUCGUAUACUUCGAAUCUUCAAGCACGUAACGAAUUUUAUCGGGAGCAUUUGGAAAUUCCAUGUGACAGAGAUCACGAUGAUCUAACUAUGAGUUAUAAAUAUUUGAAAGCACUCGAACCUUAUCCAGAAAAUUUGAAUGCCCCAGUUCCAUAUUCCACGACUCAAAUAGAUAACUGCGAUAGUAUUGGGGGAGAAUUUCGAGAAACAUGUGUCAAUAUUAGUUUACGAUCUUCCGAUUCGGGAAUGGCCGAGAGUUAUCAUUUACGUUCAUCUGAAAUUAAUUCCUGUUAUAAAUCAUAUGCGUCUAGUCAUACUAAAUAUAUAGAUCCUGUGAGAACAUCUCACAGCGAAAGCGAUAACGAUGAGAAUAAAUUUGAGCAUCAAUGUAUUUGCACCUCGCCAUUUGGAUCUACGCCUCGAGAUAGUGCUCAUUCAUUGGCUUCAUCUAAAAAUAUUGAUGACUGUACAAAUCUUACAAAAUCUAAUGCUGUUGAUAGUGAUAUUAAUGACGAUCCCAAUAAUAGUAGAAAGAAAUUUCAAGAAACUGUAUUAAUUCAUCCUUUAAUAAAUUAUGGAAACGUACAAGGAAAAAGAUAUACGCAACCGAUACCAUAUGCACAUCAGUGUGUAAUUAAGAAAGUCGGGAGACGCGUAGUUCGUCCAAUCCAGCCGAUUAUGGAGGAGCAUGAUGAGCCAACAAAUCAAGUUUAUUCGUCCGGAUUAUAUGCUCAUUGGUGGCUCAAGAAAUCUAUCCCGAUAUUUGGCUGCACAGAACAAGCAGAUGAACAAUCAGCCGAACGGGAAGCUUCAACGACCGGCAAUGGAACAUUGUACAUCUCCAGGGAUUAAGACACCUUGGAGUAUUGCAUCAUUGAGACCUGCUCCUCCUAUAUAUUCUCUUAAGAACUUUGGAAAAAUAGAUAUUACUACAGAU